AUGACCACAAGGCGAUUUUCCACCUUGCAAGGUGUCGACGCGGUGGAAAGAAAUGCCUCGUUCGUCCUCACGACGCCUUCCGCUGCAGGCUUGCUAACAACACAAAAUGCUCCUUUGAUCUCGGAAGCUUUGGGCGCAGGGGCAAGCAUGGAUACAGCCGCCUUGAGGAACCGACGAGGAAGCAAAGCAGCUCGAUGGUCGUCCACGACGCAAACCACGGCCAGUCGGACCGCACUGACCCUCCCGUCUACCACCUGCGCUGCCAGUGAUACAAGCAGCCUUCCUUAUUCCUCGUCGUCUUGUCUGGAGGCUUCUCCCAGGUUCCUGUUGCCCUCCGAAUUGUGGAAGCAUGUCAUGUCGUUUUUGAACCUGGACGCCAUGCCGGUCCGCAGCCUCUUGGAUCUGAUGGGCAUCAACGCCUGCGCACAAAUGCGCUCCCUCGACUUUUCUCAACGUCGCUUAGGCGCCUGUGGGACGCGGAUGUUGGCGGAGCGAUUGCGGGGAGGAGCGUGUCCUGAGUUAGACUCGUUGAACCUGACAGCGUGCGGAAUCGGGCCAGGGGGGGCGGAGGCGUUGAGCAUUGCCAUGCAGACUCAUGGGCUGGCGCCAUCUCUACGGUUGCUGCGCUUGGCAGGGAAUGGGAUGGGUUCCCGUGGCGUGACGGUGCUGGCAAAGGCUUUGAAAGGAGGGGCGGGGGCGAACCUCCGGGUACUAGACAUGGACGGGAACAAGGCGAACGCGGUGGGCAUGCUUUUGAUGAUCGAGGCGCUUAGUCAGGCGGCCUGUCCGGUAUUGGAAGAGCUCUCGGUGGGUCACAAUACCUUGACGGACAAGGGUCUGGUGUACCUGGCUAAGACCUUGGUGGACUCGAAACUCCCCCAGCUCCGUCGUCUGGCCAUACCGGAAAGCGCC